GGUCUCUCUCUCUUUCCGCGGUUGUUUAGUGAAGUGCCGUCGAGCUCCUCCUAGAAUACUGACAAGAUGGGUCGCGUGCGUACCAAGACCGUGAAGAAGGCCGCUCGGGUCAUCAUCGAAAAGUAUUAUCCCCGCCUUACCCUCGACUUCCAGACCAACAAGAAGAUUGCCGAUGAAGUCGCCAUCAUUGCCUCCAAGCGUCUUCGCAACAAGAUUGCUGGAUUUACCACCCACUUGAUGAAGCGUAUUCAGCGUGGACCCGUCCGUGGUAUCUCUUUCAAGCUUCAGGAGGAGGAGCGUGAGCGGAAGGACCAGUUUGUGCCUGAGGUCUCUGCUCUUGCUGUUGAGACUAUCGAGAUUGACCCCGACACAAACGCGCUUCUCAAGGCCUUGAACAUGGAGAACAUUCCUGGUCUCCAAGUCAAUGCCAGCAACCAGAGCGCUGUUCAGGAGCGUAUCCCCGGUGCCAACUUCCGUGAGAACCGCCGCCGCCAAUAGGCGCUUGUUGAAUUGUGGAAGUGUUUGGUGGCUGGUUGUUGGACGAGAGUCAACUCAAAAGUGCUAGUGGGGACCUCGGAUUCAUCUCAUCUAGAGAUGGAUUUUAUUGGCAACUUUUGCGGGGCUCGUAGAAUUUGACGAUAAUGGCGCAUUGUACAUUUGUCUUUCGAGGUUUUUUUCCCACAUCCGUUGAAUACAUGCUGUAUUGUAUUAUUUGCCGC